AUCUACGUCCCUCCCUACUCUAUGCCGCUGGCCGGCGGCGGCGCGGCGUUCCCUGACCACUGGCCGCCACUCAGCAUUCGCUCGUCCACAGACCACGCGCUCAAACGCGCGGGAGAACCCUCCCUCGGUCUCCGGAACUUUCCCGCCAAAUUCUCGCGCCCUUUUCUGACAUGUUUUCUUUUUCCGGUGACUGAUCGUGUUCGAACUUUAAAAUUGGAAACAAUCUGUGAUGCGCUGUUUUGUUCUGUUUUUGAUUUUGUUCUUUGUAUUUUUGCCGGAGUCGGAGGCUAUUCGAUGGCUAGCGCUCCACGAGAGUGAAGGCAACUGGACCGAGGCAGACUGCGUGGAGGCGCGGCGCGGCGGCGCGCUAUGGAGCGGGCAGGCGCGGGCGUGCCGCCGCCAGCCGGCCGCCAUGCCGCACGUGGCCGCCGCCGCCCGCCUCGCGCGGCAGGCCUGCCUCGCCGCGCACGCCGGCGAGCGAUGGAACUGCACGUCUGUCGAGCAAGCGCCUAAGUUCACGCCGGAUUUGCUUACAGGGACCCGCGAGCAAGCCUACGUGUACGCGGUGUCAGCGGCCGCGCUAGCCUGGUCCGUCGCUCGCGCAUGCGCCGCGGGCUCGCUGCCUGCCUGCUCCUGCGCCGCGCCCCCCCGCGCGCCCCCGCGGCCCCCGCGCCAGGCCCACGUAUCGCCCACCGAGCCGCACGCCAGGUUCAAGUGGGGCGGCUGCGGGGAUAACUACCAGUGGGCUGAGAGAUUCGCGAAGCAAUUCCUGGACGCGCACGAAAUCGACGUCCGCGACGGCAAAACGGAAGAACCAUUCGACAUCGACCCGACUACCACUGAAGAACCGACUACCACGACCGCAAAGCCGACCACGACUACGUCUGCCCCUGUAGUGAUCCUAGUGGACGACCAGCCCGCGCCGGCCAACUACAGCGUGACUCCGCGGCCGGGGAAGAAGGGGAGGCGGGGGAGGAAGCGGCUGCCUCGCUCGCCGAGACGCGGACGACCUACAAGGAAACGGUUCAGAGAUAGGUACGACUACCCGGACCGCUCAUCCCGCUACCGCGGGCGCGCCCGCAACCUGGAGUACCGCAUGGCGGCGGACGACCCGCGCUUCGACCCGCGCGUGGACUUGCGCACGCGCCUCGAGACGCUGAGACCGCUUAUAGCCUCAGCCAACUUACUGAAUUCACGGUUUGGACGGAAGGCGGUAUCAUCAGGCAUGCGCACCAAAUGCACCUGCCACGGCGUGUCCGGCUCGUGUUCCGUGCGCACGUGCUGGCGCUCCCUGCCCCCCCUCGCCAAAGUGGGGGCGGCUCUCGCGGCGGAGGCGGCCCGCGCCGGCCCACUGCGGCCCAGAAGACACACGGGACGACACGUGAAGCCGCGGCUGAGAUAUGUUACUCCUAGUCCGGAUUACUGUGAGAGGGAUCCGGCGGCUGGGUCGCUUGGCACGCAUGGCAGACAGUGCAACGCGUCGCUGGGCGGCGCGGCGGGCGGCUGCGGGCGGCUGUGCUGCGGGCGCGGGCGGCGCGCCGUGCGGUCCACUCGGCUCGAGCGAUGCCACUGCAAGGCGCACUGGUGUUGCCGUGUCGACUGUCAGUUGUGUAGGUUGACUACUGAGGAGCACUAUUGUAACUGAACAUACAGACAACUUGAAAAAAUGCUAAAUUGACAUCAUUCACAGACGUAAAACAAAAACACAAAAAUAUAAGCUACCAUUGCAGUUCUCGUUUUCUGCUGCACGUAUCAAUAAUCCAUAUUACAUAGAAUGUUGGAAUAACAUACCUUGUUCUAAAUUAUGAUUUAGACAGAUUUUGGCCGUAUUAAAGUUCACCAGUUUUCCAUAUUGCGCUUCACGCGGCUCGAGCGGUGCCACUGCAAGGCGCACUGGUGUUGCCGCGUCGACUGCCAACUUUGCAGGCUGACCACUGAGGAGCACUACUGUAACUGAACCAGGGAGUGAAAAUAGGAUUUAUUCAUUUUGGAACACAGAUAGAAAAAUAUGAAAAAUGCUAAAUCGAUUAAAAAAACAAAAGACAAAAGCUACGUUACCAUUAAAUUUCUUGUUUACUGAAUUAUUGAAAGAUAAAAGACAGAAGCAGAGAAAAACAAAAGAUAGAUACUUUUUGAGUUCACAACUAUAAUACUUACUGCAUAUAAUAUUAAAAGAUACUACUCACUGAUCAGUCACCAUCCAGAAGAAAAUUCAAACUCACAAUAAAUAAGUUAUUCUUUCAAUACAAUAGAUUUUGCAGUAUACCUAGUCAUUUAUCUCUUAGCUUUAAGAUAUAUGGUGUAAAAAUCGUCUCUCAUUUAAGAUUAAAAUUACCUACAUUAAAAUAAAAUGGAAGUGUUUUAAAAAGUAGAUCUUCGUCCAUUUUUAACAGAUUUUAAAACGAAAAGCUUAUUUAUUUUAAUUUAAAACCACGAUAUUUAUAAAUUUCAGUAUUAUUUAGGUCCUAAAUUUUAGGAUAACAUUUUGUUGCAGUACUUAGGUUACCAAAGAAUAUUUUGUUUUUGUUCCCAAAAUAUUAAGACUGAUUUCUGUUGAUAUAAUUUUGUGUUUGAAUUAAAUCUGGUUAGGAUUAGAAUUAUAUUUCGACAAUAAAUGUUUGUAGUGGUAGAUUGUAAGCUAUAAAUAUUGCUUUUAGAAUGGAAUACUUGAACUUGUAGGGUUUUCGUAUAAUCCGUAGAUUUAGUAAUAACAUCGCUUGUUGUAUAUAUUUUAAUAUAUUUCGACAGCUCAUUCUUUAUGACUGACUUAACUCCAUGUUUGUAGUAGCUUGACGUAGAUAUAUUGUGUCAGAAUCUUGCCCUAACUAUAACUAUGAAAAAACAACUUUUUGUAAAUAAAAAUCGUACUUAGAA